UCGGUGAACUAUGUUUAUUUGUAAAUUGCGCCGGUAAAAUAAUUUAUAAAAUAAAACUUAAUAAACUACAAUAAUCAUGUUAAAUUAAACCAUGACAGGGUUAGGAGAUAUCAAGAAGUUCUUUCCGAUAGAUAGCAUACAGAAAGUGUGCGAUAUAUUCGAAGAACAACUAACCAGCGACAAAGAACCGGAUUUGGCGUUGUUUUCCAUAAUCGUAGGAGCGGUUGAGAAUAACUUAACUAACAUUAAAAACUCCGAUAGAGAUGCUAAUAAAGUGAUCAAGAAAUUUCCAUCGGUGGAAUGGGACGAGAUAAAAUCACUAUACGAUCGAUUCGGUGUUUUGAUGCGUAGCGGCGUUGACGCAAAGUUGGUCGGCGGGGAAUUCGCAUCUCGGGAGUUGGUGAAGCGAGUGGCGGACACCGUGUGGAACUCGUUGACCCGCAGCUACUACAAGGACCGCGCUCACCUGCAGUCCAUCUACAGCUUCCUCACCGGCAACAAGCUGGACUGCUUCGGAGUGGCGUUUGCGGUGACCGCCGGCUGUCAGGUGCUCGGGAAACGAGACGUGCAUCUCGCUCUCUCCGAAGACCAUGCUUGGGUCGUAUUCGGAAAGGAUGGUUCAAAUACAGCAGAGGUAACUUGGCAUGGAAAAGGAAAUGAAGAUAAGAGAGGCAGAUCGGUGGGAGAUGGUGUUCUUGCCAGAUCGUGGCUGUAUGUAGCUGGCAAGCCUGUGGUGUGUACAAGGGUCAUGGAACUUGCGGCCUUAGUAUCAUCAAUAAACCCAUCACUGACACCGACUAUAGAUGUUCAUGAAGUGGCUCUUAUGCAACACAAAUUGCUCUGGUUGUUAUAUGAAAAAGGUCAUCUCGAUGCCUAUCCAAUGGCCCUGGGAAAUCUCGGUGAUUUAUGCGAGUAUAUGAAGAGUUCAAAUAGAGCUGACGAGCCAGAUAAUUGUCACAUAAAUAAAGAUGAAGAGGAUACAAAAACCAACAUUCCAGGGAGGCCCGAUUCCGCAGCUUUGUAUAUCCAAGCCAUAAGGUCUUCUAGGACCUAUUAUGAAGACAGGCACGUCUACCCAUAUACAGUCCAAGGAGGCUAUUAUCACCUUCAGAAAAUGUACAAGGAAGCUUUUCAGGCCUGGGCUGGUGCCGGUGAUGUAAUCAGACAUUACAAUUACUCUCGUGAUGAUGAAGAGAUCUAUAAGGAAUUCUCAGAGAUAGCCAAUGAGCUCAUACCACAGGUGAUGAAAGCCGAGAGCUCAGGACACUCUGCAAGAUCUAUACUGAAGGAUCCUGAAUGUUUUGCCUCUUUGCUAAGGUUUUAUGAUGGUAUAUGUAAAUGGGAGGAGGGCAGCCAAACACCCAUCCUCCACAUUGGCUGGGCCAAGCCUCUCGUGAGUACUAUUUCUAAAUUUGAUGCAGAGGUGCGGGCCCAAGUCAACAUUAUUUGCAGUCCAGAUGACGAUCAGAACGGAGAACAGAAAAACGAUGACAACAAAAAUGAUAAUAAAACUGAGGAAAACGAGAGCUGGAACAACAACUCUGAAAGCACUGAGAUGACAGUGCGAGAGCAACUCACAGCAGCAGUUAACAGCAGACCUAAGGUUACAUUGUAUAGCCACAAGAUGGCAGCACUCAAACCUUUGCUGUUAGCCGAGAGAUUGAACACUCACGCCUUACAGUUGCAACUGACGGCUCAGAGCCAACUGCAGAGGCCACACUUGACCACAAAGAGACGAGUCGAGGAGGACUCCAACCCCCCCGCUCCCACCGCUAGAGCUAAACGUGCUCGACGUGAGCGAUAAACUUGUACUUAUUGUUUCCAUGAAUUUAGAGACUAUUUAUUAUUGUUACAUUAAGUUGAAUGUAUAUUUUGAUUCUUUAUAUUGUUCAAUAUACUCUAUUGUAUUGUUUCCAAAUUGCAAAAUAGAAUUUUCUAUGUGAAAAUUCUAUAUUUUAAAAAUUUUACAAAUGAUCUAUUUUAACUUCGAAGUUCAAAAGAGGCAUUUAAAUAUAACGUAAGGUCGUAAGGUAUUAAAGUGCAAACGCUUGUAUUAGAAAUCUUAAAUAGAAUUUUAAGAUUAAAAAUAAAAAUCGAAAACAUA